GUACAAACCGGUUGCAGUGUGUUUUUUCCCUGUUAUUAUUCUUGCGCUGCAUUAUAAGGAGCAGUUCAUUUUUUGACGGGUUUUUUUCCAAGCGCGGACCAAUAUUAUUUUCUUUAUCCGUGUAUUCGAUAAUGGAAGUGAGGAUGAUGUUACGUAUCGGUAUCGUGGUGUUAGCAGGAUGUUUGACCGUGAUCUCUGCACUUCCGACGGAUGUGAUUAGCAAGCCGAUUAUCGGCGGCGGCUGCUCCGGACCACCGCUGCAGUGUUUCCGCUGCGUUACCCUGGCCGAGUACACCGGUCCCUGCGGCUGUCCGCUGUGCAGUAAUCCCUGUCAAGGCAUUCUCUGUCCGGCCUGCGUGCCCGCCACCAGCGCCCAAGCGGGCCAAGCCCAAGAUGUGGCGGCCGCGUCGCCCGCCAUUGUCAGCUGUUGUCCGAAAUGCGGAUGACCUUCCACCGCCAUCGGCGUUCGACUCGACACUGCAUCGGUGUUUAGCGGACAAAUCGACUCGCCAUAAUAUUUUCUGACUAUUUUAUUACCAAUAAAAUCGAAGAAUUAUUUUAACCGAAUAUUAUAAUCUGUAAAUAAUAUAAACGAAUACAUAUAUAAACGAUCCACCGGUUCCAUGCAGAAUUCACGUUUUGUUGUAUAUCACUGUAACCCGACAGUGUACAAAGUGGAGAAAUAAAAAGAUCCCUGUUCUGUGCA